CAUCUUUUUUUUCUUCUGUAUUCAGGUGAGAUUAUGCAGGGAGAAGAGUACUGGUAAUGUAUAUGCAAUGAAGAAAUUGAAAAAAUCUGAGAUGCUUAGAAGAGGACAGGUAGAGCAUGUUAAAGCUGAAAGGAAUCUUCUUGCAGAGGUUGAUAGUGCCUGUAUUGUUAAACUCUAUUGUUCUUUCCAAGAUGAUGAGUAUUUGUAUCUUAUAAUGGAGUAUCUUCCUGGAGGUGACAUGAUGACUUUACUGAUGCGCAAGGACACCUUAACAGAAGAUGAGGCCAGGUUCUAUGUUGCGGAGACUGUAUUGGCCAUUGAAUCUAUACAUAAACACAAUUACAUACAUAGGGAUAUUAAACCAGAUAACUUAUUGUUAGAUCGAAAUGGCCAUAUGAAGCUGUCAGAUUUUGGUUUGUGCAAACCUUUGGAUAGUAGUAGCUUUCCAAACCUGACCGAGCCUGAUCAUGGAGUGGGUACCAAGGCUCCAUUAGAUGGUCAUAAGCAUUUGAGCACAUCUACUGCACCAAAGCGUACACAACAGGAGCAGUUAUUACAUUGGCAAAAGAAUAGACGGAUGCUGGCCUAUUCAACUGUGGGAACACCUGAUUACAUUGCACCUGAAGUUCUGCUGAAAAAAGGAUAUGGCAUGGAGUGUGAUUGGUGGUCUCUUGGUGCAAUUAUGUAUGAAAUGCUUGUUGGUUACCCACCAUUUUACUCCGAAGACCCAAUGUCUACCUGCAGGAAGUAUCCAAAGGCAAGUGGUGUUCCGGUUGUAUCUCAUUUCGAGGUGGUGAUUCACUCUCAAGGUUUGAGUGGUGCUCUGGUUGUACCUCCAGAGGGGGUAUUUCUUUUGACUUCCUAUCCUCCCCAUCCUUCCCUCUACAACCAUCAUCACUGUAACUAUUGCAGUUAUUCCAAGGACUACACCUUUGUUGUUUAUGUAGCCACCUCAGCCUCCCCUACCCCAUUUCCUUACUUGCAGUUUCUUGCAGCUGCUUACCAUCAAGCUGCAUCUCCUGUUUGA